UAACGCCCCGUGCGGAUGGAAGGAAGCGGCACGCGUAGCCCGAUGGCGCUGAAGGAAGGUGCCGCUGCCUCCAGGGAGCUGCUGUCCGUGGGGAGCGGAGGAGGUAUUCAUGACACACUGUUGAUUACAAAACAUGCCAGCAAAAAGGUCACAAGUUUAGAGACAGUUAGGAUACCAAGGAGCAACAUUUUGGACAGAGUUCAGAGCUUUCUACCGCAGAUGGCCCUUGCAAACAAUGAGCUAAGAAGAGAAAUGGCAACAGCACCAGCUCAUCAGUUUGAUAUUGAAAAUCUAGACAGCUGCCUUGAAAAUAUUAUAGAGAUGAAUGUAGCCUUGGUUGAAUUAAGUGGUUCUGACACUGAUGAAGAAGAAAUAAUUUCAGAAGACAGCUCAGAAUCUGAAGAGGACAGUUGUGCAACUGAUGAAGUUACCAUAGACACCAUUAAACUUCCAAAACAAAAAGGAGAAAAGGGCAAAAUAGAAAUUUUGGACAGCAAGUGAAUGAGUAGAUAGAACUAUUUUCAGAUUUCCAUUUCUGAAUGUAUCGUGUCCUGACUACGUUGAAGGCCUGUGACCCUUAGAAAACUAGCUAAUUUCCAAGUGUGUGUCACCUGGAAACUAGCUAACUCCCAGUCACUUAUGUCACUAGAAGUACUGUGUUUAGUAGGGUGGAGAGUUUCUUAUGGCUGGGAGGAAAGCUGGAGCUCUUGGGACUCAGUCCUGACCUGACCUAUCCCCCACGCUAUAUCGAAAUGAGUUCCAUCAGGAGGUCAGGGUGGAGAAGAAACAGCAUGAAACUUAGUAAUUUAAGAGGUUGCACCGUAAAGCUAGGCAAGAAGUGUAAAGUUCUUAGCCUGUUGUGAGGUGAAGAAAGGGUUACUAGGUGUGCGGUUACUUACUUCAGGAGAGGGAAAUAAUUAGAUAGGAGAAAGACAAAGCUUGUGUUUUGAGAUGGGAAUAAGAUGUGUUAAGAUACUCAAGUAUUAUAUACUUGUCUUCGCAACCAAAUACUAAAGAUGAGCACACAGUGCUUCAAGAGUUAAGUCUAAAGAAAUAUGCCUAAUUUAUUCUUGUCUCCUUAAAUUUAUAGGGAGGAAUUUGGGCUAUUUUACUGUAUUUAGUUUAGUCAAGUUUUGCUUUCAAAUGAUGUAUCUCAAUGCCUUUGUAGAUUAUAAGUUGUUUCUCAAAGAAACAGUAUUUUGUAUAAUAAUUUAAGGUUAUAUUCUUACUGUAUUUACUUAGCUACAGAAUGACUAGCAAGCAGCAGUUAAGCACAGAAUUUAAAAUCUAUUAUUUAAACUUAAUUUUUAUUCUCUGUUUUCAUUAAGGAUAACUGUUUGGAACAUUUGAUCAAGAUAAUGAGCAAUACCAUUUCUAAUCUUUGUUGAAGAGCAUGUCAUCUUUUAUCUAUCUUUAUUAAUAGGAAAAAUAAAAUCUUACUGGCAUCAA